AGUUAGCUCUGUCUUAUUUCCUCCAUGUUCUUCUUCUUUUAUAAACAAUACACGGAGCUUCAAGGAGACGAGCGACGCCUGCCGGAGAGUCUGAGAGGCGCACUGAUGGCGGAUUACGAGCACAACGGAAAGGGUUGCACCGACGACGGAGGGCCGCAGGAGGAGGGAGGCAGAGUGAAAACUAAGCCUGUCUCUUGUAGCACUGUGGGAGGAGAGGGGACUGCAGUCAAACGCACAUCCCAGCAUCUCACACCUGAGGAUGAAGAUGAGUCCUCAGCAGACCCACCAGCACCCUGCAAAGUCUCCAAAAUAGGCUUUAGCAUGAGCAGUCAGAUGGGGAAGAAGUCGAACCCCAUAUCUAUCAAACUUGGAGCAACAAAGCCCAAAGAGCCUGUACCAUCGCUCCCUCCAAAAAAGCCAGGGCUGGCAUCUGUUUUUAAUGAAGAUGAUGAUAGUGAACCUGAGGAGAUGCCUCCAGAAGCAAAGAUGAGGAUGAAGAACAUUGGCAGGGAGACUCCAACAUCUGCUGGACCUAAUUCCUUCAACAAGGGCAAGCAAGGCUUCUCUGAUCAUCAAAAACUUUGGGAGAGGAAGCUGAAGGCCCAAGCAGACAAACUGUAAAUGACUACCUGAUUUUUUGUCACUAAUGGAUAAGUUUGUAUAGGUUAAAACACAUCAGAGCUAUAUAUCAAGGCUCAAAUGAUUCCUCGCUGUAACCACAGUUUUGACAACCUCACACCUUUGUAGACAUGCAAUGAAGAAUAAUUUAAGCCUUUUAUGAUACUCUGUGACUGAACUCACGAUUGCAUGUCUAACCACUACCGGCUGAUGGUAACUGAGAGGAGAGACAGCAGGCCCCUGUGAUAAAGAGGUGCAGAGUGCUGUGAUGAAGAAGUGGGCCAAACAAAUUAGCCAGAAUUUUGCUUAAACUGUAUAAAAUUAGCUACAGUUGCUUCUUGCUGGCUAAUGAAAAAAAUCAAGCAUCUUAGAGCCUUCAUGCCCCUUUUUGCGACGUGCUUGUUCCUAUCUGAAGCUGGUUGGGUGUGGUCCUGAGCAAGCUCUUAAUUUUACUUGUCUAAUAUUUGUGUAAAAAUGUACAUAGAAGUGUGAUAAUGUUUUAUUUUUAAAUCCACACAUGGGAGUGUGAGUUUGAGCGUUAUGUUAACGUGCAGAGCAAGUUGGGCAUAGAUGAGAGAGAUUGAUUUUGUUUCAUUUAGUUUCACAAGGUCAGUGUACAACCCUUUGUUUUCAUCAGCUGUGCCACCUCAUAGGCAGUCGUUUGUGUGAUUUUUAGGUUUCCUUUUACAUUUGGCUUUUGUGCAAGUACUUGUGGUUUUGCUUACUCAACACUGACUUUGUUCUUUUUAUCUGAAUCUGGCAAACUUACUGUACAAAUGUGGCUGUUUUCAUCUUUAUGGUCACAAAUGAAGGACUGAUAUCUGAUAUGUGUUUUAGUUGACAGCUGUGUGAAGAUAAGAAUCAUACAGCUGGCACAGUCCUAUCCAGUGAUUUCUGGGUGGUUAAAGUAUAGUUUAGCAAUUAGUUACUCACAUUUACAAAUACUUUUCGUUGGCACUUUAACAUCAGAAACACAUUUCAUAAAUAUAACCCCAUUCUUUUUAAUUUAGAUAAAUGUGGUACCUCAUUGACUUCUCCUGUGCCUGAAACUCUUUUUUGGAAAAUCCCCUCUGUCAAAAUCUAAACUUCAAAUCUCUCUGUGGGUUACCUCACUGUUGUGCUGAAUUUCCCAAAAGAACUACAUCUAUAUCCACUGCUGUGAACUGUUUUGUCAAACAGAACUCUCUUGAACAUGCUUAAAAGCCAGUCAAAUAAAAAUUUUGGAUUAUA